AUGGCAGCCACAGGCGCAGCCACAGAAUCCCAAUCCAAAUACGACGGUGAGUACGAUGUCAUCGUUGCCGGGUCCGGAGUGGGCGGACUCGCGGCCGCCAUCACGGCCGCUGAGCGAGGGGCACGCGUGCUCGUACUGGAGAAGCUCGAUCAACUGGGCGGCGUAACCGCACUGUCAUCAGGCGUGUUGUGGCCAGGACCCAAUCCGGUUUCGGAGAACGCGGGCUUCCACGACACAGCGGACGAGGCUCAAGCAUACAUGGACACGCUCUCGCGCGGCUUGGCCAAGGACGACCUGAGGCUGAGCUAUCUCGCCGGCGGCCGCGAGGCCAUCCAGUACUUCACGGACAAGAUUGGGGUGGAAUUGCAGGUCAUCGCCGGCGUGCCCGACUAUUACUACCCGUCCGUCCAGGGGUCGAAGCCAGACGGCCGCUUCCUCGAAGGCAAGCCUUUUGCUGCCAGCCGCCUGGGAGACUGGGCGAGCAAGGUGCUCACCUCGCCGCACGGGCCCUCGUUCAGCUACGUGACGGGUAGCGAGUGGGCGGCGUCGCAGACGGGCCAGGAGAACUUUAACAUCGUGCAAGUCGUCACCCAGCACGUCCAGCAAGAUGAACGCUGUGGUGGCGCCGGGCUGUCGGCAGCCUUUGUCUACGCCGCGCUCCAGCACCACGUCGAGUUUCGAACCUCGACCGCCCUGGCCGACUUGAUCGUCGAAGACGGAAGAGUGGUGGGAGUGGUGGCCGAGCCACAGGGACAGGAAAGCAACGGCGACAGCGACAACAAAGCAACCAACCCACUCCCACUUCGGUUGCGAGCGCGUCGCGGCGUGAUUCUGGCCGUGGGCGGGUACGACUGGCGAAAAGACCUGAUGCAGGCAUUCGACGGACUCAAGGAGCAGGACAUGACGACCAUGACGCCGCCCAGCAUCACGGCCGACCACCUGGUGGUGGCGGCCAAGGUGGGAGCGAUCCCGAUCCCGGCCCGUCUCCCCGGCCAAUCGCCCAUCUUUGUCGGCUACCGCGUGCCGGGCGAGGUGGUGUUCGGCCACGCGUCGUCGCGGCUGUUGCUGGCGGGCUCGCCGCAUAGCAUCAUCGUGAACCGCCACGGCCGGCGCUUUGCCAACGACGCCUUCUACGCCGACGUGGUGCAGCAGGUGACGCGCUACGACGGUGGUGGCGGCGUCGACGGCGGCGGGCUGGGCUCCAGCGGCGAUUCCAAGGCCAAGCCCAAGUCCAACUCCCUGCUCCACUGGCCCGCCUGGCUCGUCUUCGACCAGCGCAUGCUCGACAAGUAUGGCCUGGCUCCCAGCGCGCCGGGCCAGCCGCUGCCUGCCGGCCUGGCCAUCCAAGCCGACAGCCUGGCGGAGCUAGCCGAGCGCGCCGGCAUCGAUCCCGCCGGUCUGACGGCCACGGUGCAGCGCUACAACGGGUUCUGCGAGAACGGCACCGACCCCGACUUUGGCCGCGGCACCUACCCGUGGUCGGCGCUCAUGGUGGGCGACUACCGGCUGAAGAACGCCAACAUGGCCGACCUGGCCCAGGCUCCCUUCUACGCCGUCCCGUUGGUGCACGUGUCGCUCGGAAUCGGCACCGCCGGCCUGCCCAUCGAUCGCGACGGCCGCGUCUUGACCCCGGUCAGUAAGCCGGUUCCGGGGCUGUAUGCCACAGGGAACUCGACCGCCUGGCAGGACUGGGGGGGCGGCUAUACGAGUGGCGUGGCUGCCAUGCGUGGAAUGAUCUAUGGUCAUCGAGCGGCGUUGCAGAUGACAAAGGAUAAGGAUGCGGAUGUCUCGUCGAAGCUAUAG